GCCGCCGCGCUUCCCGGUGUCACCCGCAGAGGGCGCCGGCCGCCACGCCGCGCGCAGAGUCGCGAGGCCGGAAGAGCGCGGCGCCGCCCGACUCGCCGCAGCCGCCGCCAUGAAAGCCGUGGUGCAGCGCGUCACCCGGGCCAGCGUCACAGUUGGAGGAGAGCAAAUAAGUGCUAUUGGACGGGGCAUCUGUGUGUUGCUGGGUAUUUCUCUGGAAGAUACACAGAAGGAACUGGAACACAUGGUCAGAAAGAUUUUAAACCUGCGCGUGUUUGAGGAUGAAAGUGGGAAGCACUGGUCGAAGAGUGUGAUGGACAAACAGUAUGAGGUGCUGUGCAUCAGCCAGUUCACGCUCCAGUGUGUCCUCAAGGGGAACAAGCCUGACUUCCACCUGGCAAUGCCCACGGAGCAGGCGGAGAGUUUCUACAACAGCUUCCUGGAGCAGCUGCGGAAGACAUACAGGCCGGAGCUCAUCAAAGAUGGCAAGUUUGGUACCUACAUGCAAGUCCACAUUCAGAAUGAUGGACCUGUGACCAUAGAAUUGGAGUCCCCGGCUCCUGGCACUGCUACCUCUGACCCAAAGCAGUUGUCAAAGCUUGAAAAACAGCAGCAGAGGAAAGAAAAGACCAGAGCCAAGGGGCCUUCUGAAUCAAGCAAAGAAAGAAACGCCCCCCGAAAAGAAGACCGCAGUGCCAGCAGUGGGGCAGAGGGUGACGUGUCUUCUGAACGCGAGCCGUAGACUUAGGGAUGAAACUCAGUGCAUUAUCAUUGGGCGGAACUGGAUCCUGAAAAAUUCAUGAAAGAUGCUAAGUACCUACACUGCUUUAAGAAUUUGGAACUGAGUCAUGAAAAGGAAGACAGAAAUAAGAAAUUGGGAACCUGAGUAGCCCUGCAAAAACAAAAAAGAAUAAAACAAAACAACACCACCAAAGGAACAUUACCAUUUUCUGUUGUUGCUGUGGUCUAAUAGAGAAAGUGGGUGUUGGAGGUAUGGGGGAGUGUACCUCAUGCACAUGGCAGCAGGGCAUACACCCAUGCUUUCCCCAUGAAAAGACUCUGCUGGUUCCUAUGAUUUCUUGGCUCUCUUUUGAAACAGGCUGGCCCAACAUCACUUGACACUGAGUCCUCCUUUCACAUGUGUCCAUGAUGGGUCUCAACUGCAUCCAUGUUCUUCCCAGUACUGGCUUAGCCAGGCCCCAUGUUAAGGUGUAAAGAGAACAAACAUCAGUGAUAAUGUAUUGUGUAAGACCUUUGCAUCUUGUAAAUUUUGUCAUUUUUCUAAAAAGAAAUAAUAAAAUCCUAGACCUCAACAAACCACUUUAUUAUUAAACAGA